GUUCCAGGUCAGUCUCAACUACAUAGUGAGACCCUGUCUCAAAACAAACAAACAAAUGAACAUAUAUAACUGUUAAAGAGAGUAUCUCAUUGUCUUAUUCACGUCCCUUUUAUUACUGCUGAGGUUGGACAUCCAUUCUGUAUGAUCUCAUGGUAACUGACCCAUAACCCUAGGAAAACAUAUCUUUUAGUGAACUUGAGGCCCACUGUGACAUUUCCCAGUUAACCCUUUUGGAGCCACGUCUUCAUAGAUCUACGAAUGUUCAGCCUCUUAAAGUCCAUUCAGGAAACUUCUCUCCAUGGAGGAAAUGAUCCAUUAUAAUGAUAAAGCAUCUGUGAGUCUGUGUGUGACUGAUUCUGAGCUCAGCCGUUUAGUCUUGUGUAAUCUUGCAGGAGUUACUUAACUUCCUAAGUUUGUUUCCCUUGACUGUAAAACAAGACAACCUCACAAUAAUUCUCAAAUGAGGAGAUAGGAAUUAUUCAAACUUUUUUCCUCCCUUACUGGGGAUUGAACCCAAGGCUGUUACACUAAACUAAAUCCCCAGCUCUUUUAUCUUUAUUUUGAGACAGGCUCUUGUGAAAUUGUCCAGUUUAGAUGCAAACUUGCAAUCUUCUUGCCUCAGUCUCCCAGAGUGCUGGGUUUACAGGCUUGCACCACCAUGCCUGGCUUUCAAGCUUUUAAUUGGAGGUGGUUACUAUUAAAGAGUGAGAAAUGCUUCCUAAAACAAGAUAGGCCCAAUAGAAAUGCCAAGAAAUGCAUCAUAACACUCUUCGAAGCCAGAACUUUCCAACUCCUGACAGGUUGUACAUUUCGGUCCGUUUUACUAAUAGUGGAAGAACCCAUAGAUGGGUUUUUUUUUUUCUUAGUGGGCUAGAAAACUAGCUUAUGAUGAACCCAGAGUGGCUCAGAAUGCAGGACUCAACAGUGCUUGCUGCCUGCUUGUUCCUGAGAAAGUUUCCUGGAACUGACAGCCUAAAUCUCUCCACUUCUCCCUCCUCCUCACAGGGUGAAUGAACACAUGAGCACUUCUUCACCUAUGUGGUCAUUUCAAGGUCUGGAUCAUUUUAAGGUCACUGAGAGCAAUCUGACUUUCCUUAACACUGUGCUGUAAUACCUGUCUGUGUAGGGCUCUGUAAGAGAUUCUCAUUCCAAGAUUUGUCUUUCUCUGAUCAUUCAGUUCUUUGUCUCAGGGAUUUGUGCAAGUGCAAAUACUUUUUCCUGAUGUUGGCUUCUGUCUGUGGGUCUGCUAGCUGCUCAGUGGGGCUUACCCGGUUGGCUGCCCGAUGGAUGAGCUGCUGGUAGUCAGGAGGCCCCUGACAUCACUCUGCAGUGCUUUCUCUUUCACAUUUUCACGCUUGCUUCUCCAGCUGACAGCUCACGGGGUGGGUGCCGCUUUUGUGGGCACCGCUGGAAAGUGAGGUUCAGCAAUGUCCGAGAUCCUCCGGGAGCUGCUCUGCGUCUCUGAGAAAGCUGCCAACAUCGCCCGGGCAUGCAGGCAGCAGGAAACCCUCUUCCAGCUGCUCAUUGAAGAGAAGAAGGAAGGAGAGAAGAACAAGAAGUUUGCUGUGGAUUUUAAGACCCUGGCUGAUGUGCUGGUGCAGGAAGUUAUAAAACAGACUAUGGAGAACAAGUUUCCAGGCUUGGAAAAAAACAUUUUUGGAGAAGAAUCUAAUGAGUUUACUAAUGAUUUGGGGGAAAAGAUUACCAUACAGCUGUGCUCAACAGAGGAAGAAACCACAGAGCUUCUCAGCAGAGUGCUUGGUGGUAACAGAUCAGCAUCUGAGGCACUGGCCAAGGUUGUUCAUCAGGAUGUUUCCUUCGGAGACCGGGCUCUGGACUCCAUAGACAUCUGCAUUCCACAGGACAUCCUGGGAAUUUGGGUGGAUCCCAUAGAUUCAACCUAUCAGUACAUUAAAGGGCCUGCUGAUGUUAAAGCCAACCAAGGAAUUUUCCCCUGUGGCCUUCAGUGUGUCACCAUUUUAAUCGGUGUCUAUGACUUACAGACAGGGGUGCCCCUGAUGGGAGUCAUCAACCAACCUUUUGUGUCACAAGACCUGAACACACUCAGGUGGAAAGGCGAGUGCUACUGGGGCCUUUCCUACAUGGGGACCAACAUUCAUUCACUAAACCUCACCAUCCCUAUAAACAGUGGUAAAAACCAGCCUGCAAGCGCCAGCUCUGACAGAGAAUCCCCCGACCUUUUCUCUGCUGUCAUUAGUACAAGUGAGAAGGUGACCCUCAAAGCCGCUCUGUCACAGGUGUGUGGAGACAGCAUCUUCCGGGCAGCUGGGGCUGGUUACAAGAGCCUUUGUGUUGUGCAAGGCCUCGUGGACAUUUACAUCUUUUCGGAAGACACCACCUUCAAGUGGGACACCUGUGCUGCUCACGCCAUCCUGAGGGCCAUGGGUGGGGGGAUCGUGGACAUGAAAGAAUGCUUAGAAAAAAAUGCAGGCGCAGGGCUGAUUCCGCCGGAGCUGCUGUACCACAAGGAAAACACAGGAGCCACUGGGGUCGAUCGCUGGGCCAACAAGGGAGGCCUGAUUGCGUACAGGUCCAGAAAGCGGCUGGAGACCUUCCUGAGCCGCCUCCUCCAAAAUCUUGCAUCUUUGGAGUCACAGACGUAGACGGCUCUGACCUCAAUGUACACACACAACUGUUUCCCAUUAUCUCCAUCCUCUGAAGAUAGUGUUGUCCUGUUGGUGGUUCAUGCGCGCCUGCCUCUUUUGAGGAGCAUUUUUCCUUUAUGUGUUCGUAAUGUUAAUUUUGGUUGCUUAGUGACAUUCAUGCAGCAAUUAAGUAUGAUAUUGUUACAGUAAAUAUUGUACUGCUGAUGUUGCUUGAAGCACCUCAAUAAAAUACUGCAGAAGAAAAAUUCUGUUCAAUUGGUACAGCUACUCUAAACAUCGGAGUUAUAGGAGGAAUACCACUGAAAUAUCGGAAAAUACUAAAGGGGUUUAUUUACUGUCCUGAUGGGAAAAUCUGCCUGUGGCAGAAUAUUUAGAACUUUGAAUUUGAAUAAUGUAGCCAAGUUCGAGUGUUUUCAUACUAUUCAUGCUUUGCUCAUAAGAAGGAACACCUGAGCACUGUGGGUUCCCUCCCACCUCUGCAGAGAUGAUGAGGGAGACAGAGCUAAGUAUAUGCCCGGGGGGAGAGAGAGAGAGGUGCAGACACUCCAUUUCUGUCGAAGAGAAUGUAAAGGGGUGAAGAGGUUUUUGUCAUUUUUGCAUAUUUACUACUCUUGCCAAAAAGAUAUAGGGGUAUAACUGUCCCAUACUGAAUGUGCUGAGAGGGGCCCUGGCCACUUUUCCUGGUUUCUUUGACAGGACUGGCAACCUGGGGAUGCAGAGCAGGGGCUCAGACCCUCACCUCUGACUUCUUUCUGCUCUCCAUCCUC